CAAGAUUCUUGCGCCAGUUUCGUCUUGGGCUGUACCUGACUGAUGUCCGAAUUACAAGCACUAUGAGUCAGGCAGAAUGGCUGGAGUUGGAAAGUGACCCUGGGUUAUUUACUUUACUUUUGGAAGAUUUUGGAGUCCAAGGUGUUCAAGUGGAGGAAAUUUAUGACUUGUCUAAACCUAUCACUGAAAUUGUUUACGGCUUUAUAUUUUUAUUUCAUUGGAACAAAGCCAAGAAGAAGCCAUGCCGCCGUACUGGAAGGAGUUCGACCGGUUCGGUAACAAAUACAAUUUCUCCGAGUUCUUACACACCUGUUUCCAUUUGUGAUGUGCGAUCAAAUUCAGUUACACCGAAGACGGGAAAUAAUGGUUCUCGUCACCGUUCAGCAUCUGGAUCCUGCCAGGAUAUUAUUACCACUCCAGAGUCCAGGUCUGCUGGUGAAAUCUCAGAAUGCAAGUCAAUGACUCCUACUCCGGACAAAACAGAGAUUUUCUUUGCUCACCAGGUUGUGCAAAAUUCUUGUGCUACUCACGCCCUACUGAGUAUUUUAUUAAAUAGACCUGAAAUAAAUAUAGGACAUAUGUUAGCUGAAUUUCAAAAAGCUACUCGCUAUUUAUCACCAGAAGCUAAAGGUCUUGCCAUCGGAAGUAUGCCACAACUUGCUCAGGCACAUAAUCGACAUGCUGCAAAACCACUAACAGUUUGUAAGAACGAAACAAUAUCCAAUUUGGAAUUACCUGAACCAAGUCAAGCUGCAGCAACCGCAGCAGCAAUCGCUAAGGCUAGUAUAGGAACGGUGAAUUGUGUGAAUUCAUCAGAUUCAAGUCCUAGUCUCGCUACUACAACAGGAUCUAACGUAACAGUUCCAGAUACAUUUCAUUUUGUUUGUUAUGUUCCUAUUGGUGGGUUUUUAUAUGAACUAGAUGGUCUUACAUCUGAACCAAUAAAUCAUGGUCCGUUAAAGAAUCCAAAUGAUCAAUUUGCUUGGACUGAACAGUGUGCUGAUGUUUUGAAGGAACGUAUGCAAGAACAAGAUGUUCGGUAUAAUUUAUUAGCUGUUGUACCAGAUCGUCGUGUAGCGCUUACAAAACGUAUGCAAAUGUUAAAACGCAAUCGUCAACUUAUUCAAGAUAUUCUGUUCCGUAUGUGUCAGUUUGAUCAUACGUCCAAAUCGUUACAUUGUUCUAAUAGUAAUAGUAUUACUGUUACUACUGCCAAUGCUACUACUACCAAUAUUACGACUACUACUACUACUACCACUGUUUCUAUCAAUCAUGAAAAUCCACAUAAUCAAUCUAAUUGUCAUCAUCAUCUUCAUUCUCAUCUUAUUCAAGAAAAAUAUAAAUCAAGUCCAUCUGAACAUUUUAUCAAUGAUGAAAACUGUGUACACCUGCCAAACUCAUCACCAUCUUUAUCUCUGGGAAAACAAUAUAACCCUCCAUGCAUAGAAAAAUGUUCACCUACAAGCACAAAUAUGCAUAAUUGUACUAACAGUAUUAAUACCAAUAAUAACAAUCUUGAUAAAAACAAACAUGAACCAUCUGAUGACUUUGAGAAUUCACGUUCCAUCAAAACUCGUUCAGCGACACGUGCUGCCAAACAAACAGUUUAUGAGAACCACAACUAUCCUGAGUCAGAACUAAGUAAAUCAAUACAUCAAAAACAUAAUAAUAAUUCUCUAUCUGGUACUAUUUUAACUGAUAGUAUACAUUCUCCUACCAAUGAUGAUUACAGUACAUUUUGUUUUUCAUCUCGUAAACGUUCUUCCUAUUCAUCACCAAAUGAACAUAAUGAUCCAGACUGUUGGGACUGUCAACACAAAAAGCCUUAUUUACAUAUGCCUCAACAGGAUGAUAUCAAUAAUAAUAAUAAUAAUAAUAAUAAUAAUAAUAAUAAUAAUAAUAAUAAUAAUGGUGAAAACGGUUAUAACUGUAAUUCCCAAUUAGAAUAUUCUCCGAAUACAAAUAAAAUAAAUAGAAUUUUCGCUUCUUUCAUUUCAAAUAAUUCACCGUUAUCUCUUACCGUACUUACUGAAACAAUGUCUAGUACGGUUCGUAAGUCGAAUAUCAAUAAAAUUUCUCAUUCAGUAGAUGAUUGUAAAGAAUCAAAAGGGAAUCUUCAAGAAAUACAGGAUUUAGAGAAUGGUAUACCGAAUGGAAUUUCCAUUAAACUACAAGAAAAUUAUUUUUAUGAUGUGAAGGAUUUACAUUCACUUGAUCACAGUUCAGAUCAGUUAACAAAAGUAACAUCUACAUCUACAAGUUGUACAGAACUAAAUUCUUGUAAAGUUAAUGAACCUACAUACUGUAGUCGAUCAACAUUAUUGGGCAGACAAAACAUUCCAUUAAAAGAACUUACUAAACCUUUAACUGUUGAAACAAAGUUAUGGUGUGAUGCUACUUCAGAAAAUCUAGAUACAGGUGACUCGGAAACACCUGUUACAAAUGACAUAUAUCCUACAAAUUCAUCGAUAACUUCAUCUAAUGAAAUUUGUGGUACCGUUUUAGAUUCACGUCCCCAAACACGAGCACUUACUAGAGCAUCUUUAAAGCUAAAUUCACUUAGUUCAGUACAAGCAUCAACUGAAGAGCGAAUUUCGAUCACAAAAAUAUCAUCAGAUAAUGUACAAUCAAAUAAAUCAGUACUGAUGAAUCAUGAAUCCAGUUUAUAUAAUUCAGAUGUAUCAAACAAGUAUCGUUCACCUACAGAAAUUUCCCCAAUGACUACAGACUUAGCUGAAUCCAACAUUUCAAUUUCAUCCAGUGAUAUCGCUGGUCCAAAUCGAGGAUCAAAGUAUCCAACAAGAUCAUCAACUCGAAUGGAUACUCUAGCUUCUCAUAAUUUAGCUCACCUUCGUUCAAAUCCUGUUACUCUUCACAGUAAUACGAGUCCUUCAAAAGUUAGUAGAAUCACUUCUUUUGAACAGACUUCUACGGUUCAUUCCACUUCUAAUGCUAAUACUAAUACUACAAAUAUUACUUCAACAUACUUAUCACCGUUUACGUAUGAUUACAUGAAAUUGAAGAAUUCACCAAGUUUAUAUCCUCCACCUUUAAGUGUGGAAGAACUGAAUAUCCUACUACAUAAAAUAGAUGAACAAAUAAAACUAUGUCUUAGUGCUUUGAUUGAAGAAGAAGAGAAACGUCGAUCUUAUCGUAUUGAUGAUGCUAGACGUAUACACAAUUAUGAACCGUUUAUACGAGCUUUUCUCACUGCCCUAGCUAGACAUGGAAUGUUAAAAGAUCAAGUAUUAUCUGCAAUGAAACUGAAACAUACCCCUGUUAUUAAUCACAAUCAUAUUUCAUCUAUACAAGUAUCAGACAGUUGUAAAAAGUCAAAUGUAAAAAGUAAUAAUAAUAAUAACAGUAAUAAUAAAUAUGUAUCUAAUAAAAUGCAUACUGAACUCAUUUACUCAUUGACUAAUAAUUCUUCAAUUAAAAAGAGAACUUAUCUUUCAAGUUCAAUAAUAAAUAGAUUAACUCGAGUUAGUCAAUCUACAAACAAUAAUAUUCGUAUCUCUCAUCACUAUAACGCUUUGAAAUAUCGCAAGCUACGAAGGAGAAGAAGAAUGAGAGAUUCUAUUAGGAAUUCAAGAUCGAGUUGUACCGGAAAGGAUACAGGUGUAGUCGAAUUAAAAUCUCCAUUAGGUGAAUCAACUGAUUUAACAUCAUCUUAUAGACCACCUGUGACGGAUGAGUCAUUGUCAUCUGUGAAUUCCUCUGGCUCUUGUAAUUUACAAAGUGUUUUGACUAACUCUACAACUACACUUCAAGCACCAGUUGCAUCUACACAAAGUAAAAACUCACGUGCAAUACGAAUCAAUGUAAAUCAGCAACAUCGUGACGAAACUGGUGAAUCUACUUUACAAUGCCCAUUACUUAUUUCAAAUAGUUUAUGUACAGAUAGUUGUCAAAAGUCAUCUGUAACUAUUGAUGAGAAUAGCAUAGUUGAGGGUAGUUUGGCUUCUUCCGCUGUGUCAUCAGUCACACUAGCAUCCUGCUCAUCAUGUGGUUCAUCUCCUCAAUCAUCCAAUUCAUCCCGGUCAACUAAUCUUCGAUCCAAUUCUUCAGGUGUAAAAUUAAGACAAAUUAAAUCAGAUGAUCGAGUCAAUACUAGACGUUCUUUACGACCGCGUGUCUCUCGUGAACAUGCUUUCACACAAGAUGCAAAUAAUUCAGCUGACUCUUUUAGUGUCACAUCAGAGGAUCCGGAUACAAACAAUAGUGGAAUUAAUUUAAGAGAUAGAACUACGAAGUCAUCUUCACGUACACAUAAUACUGACUGUACUAAUUGCACUGUCACAGAAUCAUCUACUUCAUCCAGUUCCCAACGAUUUCGGAAACGACGUCUUCAUCGAUAGAAUUUAUGCAGUCAUUUAUAUUGAUCACUUCAUCGUAAUUGUCUUUCUAUUUAGUCUUGGAUACUUUGUCAUAAAUGCCCUUUUGUUACUGUGUGUAUACAUCGAAAAUGUUUUUAUUCGUAUUGACUGUAAAGCUAAUCUUUUUGAGAAAAUAUUCGGUCAGCCGUGAAAACAAGUCGUUUUCAGUGUUUGAUUAUUAUCACUACUAUUACAGGAUUUUAAGUUAAUUCUUUUUUCUCUCAUUGUCUAUGUAUAUGCUGCAUGAAAUAGUAUGGACGACGGAUCCGACAGUAUUUCUUUUACUUUUCUAUUCCAUUUUCUUGUUUAUCUUUCUUUUUUUAAUCUCCGUUGUCCGCUUUUAAAAUGUAGAGUUAUCCACUACUUACUGUAAUAGAUUUUUCGUAUCUUGUUACUUUUCAGCUCUUCUUAACCUAUUUCUCAUAUUAUACUUACAACACAGUUAUACUACUUAUCAGUUUGACCUUGUAAUCUGUAACUGGAAGCUUUUUAUAAACACAUUGUAUAUGUAUAUAUAUACAUCUAUAUGUAUCUAUAUCAACCCAUACGUUUCAUUUAUUCUAUAUUUUCUUGUUUCAAUUUCCAGAUUCUUUUGUACAUGUUAAUCUCUUUUUUCCCAUUAUCAUUGAUACAAUUUAUUAUUUUAUUUCAAAAGUUAAAAGUUUAUCUUCACGAAAGUGAUAAUUCCAACUGUAUAUAUGUAGAUGUUUGUACGUUUAACUGCAUGUAUACGUAUAUUUUACUGUAUGGUGAAAUAGAUACAUAUGCACUCUUUCUUAUCUCUUCAAUAUUAAGUAGGUUUCAAAUGAAUAUAAAUAUUUGUAUAGUUAUUGGAAUAUGAUCAAAUACAUCUCAACAUCAAAAUCCAUUUUUUCCACCUUAUCAAUCGUAAAUUAUUUUUAAAGAAAAAUAAUUUUUCUGCUUUUCUAUUUCUGUCGUUCUUUGUGAAUUAAUUAAACCAGUGAUAGAGAAAAAGUUUUCAAGUUGUCAUAUAUACAUAUAUACGUCUAUCUUUGUUAGUGCUCCAAUUACUACUCUUCACUGCUACUGUUAUCAUAGUUAAGUAAUAUUAAUAUUUUUUGCUUUUCUAAAGUGUUUAUUUUUCUUUUGAAGAGUAGUGAUUAAUUUGACAUAUGAAUACUGAUAAUCACUAUGACUAUUGUCCUUAUUGUGCAACAUAAAUUACUACAUCAUUCUACUGUAUUACUGACUCGCUGGUGGUUUCUAUUCUCAUGUUUUUAUUUCAUAUUUUUCUUUUAUCAAAAAUUCGAAAGCAGCAAAAUUAAUUACUCAUAUAUAUAUACUCCUGUUUUUUUCUAUUGUUCACGGGUUCGAGUAUAUUUGUUACUUCGGCGGAAAAAUAACCAACCGUAGAAUUCAGACUACAGUCAUAAGGUGAAAGUGAGAACAUACUACAAAAGAAAUGUAGUUCUGUCAAUGUCAGCAAUAAUAGCAACUGUUAUUUCUUGUUCAGAAAUUUGAAGAAACUUAAAGUUUACAUAAUCAAUCAUGC